GAUUGGUCGCAUGUCGGAGAAACCAUUUCCACGGCUUCCCAUUAGCUAACGGGAGCCCACGAGACGACGCAAAAACCGCCUUGGCACCGAGGAACACUGAAUCUGCUUAGCUGCAUUUGGAAAUUUUGUCAACUUGUGUAAACUCGCAGGCUUUUCCUCAACCGGCAGACGGUUCUACCACUACCACUCUUUCUAAAGCAUGGCUGUCCAAGAAGAGCCAGAGGUCCCCUGCAAGCCGGAAGAACAUGGCGGGCAGGAAUCUACAGCAGAGUCUUUGACUCACAAUACCGCAAGCGAGCCUCCAUACGAUGAAGCGGCAGGUGACUCUCAAGCCGUUCCCGGAAGCAAAUUCGAGCCCGUCGAUUUGGCAAAUACUUCGGUCGCCGACUCUGGCCUUCCACCUGAGAUAUGGACCAUUGUGCAGUCAGCACCUGCGAAUUUCCCACCGCAGUACUUCCUCGACGUCAGUCGGAAUCUGCUGGAGAAUCCCAACCUUACUGCGUCCCACCUGUCUCGGGCGGAGCUCUCGUACAAGAGUUUUACGGAUGCUUCGUACAAUCCAGAAGCAUCUCAUCCACAAGAGCUCGCGGGCAUAAUCAAGCACCUGAAACCCGAUCAUCAACCGCGCCUGAUACUUGGAGGGGUGCCAGGAUAUAAGCUCGAGUGGACCGUGGUCCGAAAACUAAUACCCAGAAAUCCCAAGCUUGACGAAGCCUUGCAGCAAACAUGCCAUCUUUACACUUCUACCGAGCAGGUCAUACUUCCAGCAAAAGACGGUAGCAACAGCAAAUUUGAUGCCGAACGGUAUUUAGUGGUAUACAUUCCCCAUGUCGCAAACGUAGAUUCGAUACCGUUCUAUCACCCCAAAGUCAGAGGCGUGGCCAUCCUGUACACAUUUUUGAACCAGCCUCCGCCAGGUGUAGCACCGGGUACACUGUCACUCUACUACGACCUCUUUUCCGAAAGGCCACUGGAGAAUCGUAUGUCACGGACUGCGCUGAAAAUGUUGGAAAUCAUUCACAAGCACGCCCGGGGACGUGUGAAAGGGUAUCAGAAACGCGUCCACCACGACGUCAUCAUUCCACAAAAGACCUUCCAAGAUACAUAUGCCUAUUUAAAAGGAGAAUAUGCCAGAGAGCUUAUUGACAACUGGGUCGAACAGACACCCGCACAGAAGCACGUCUUUGAAGACCUAGGGAUAGCGGCUUUCCUGAUCGAGCUUUGGACGGACAUGUACGGCGGCACUCCAAAGGCAUACGACCAGCCAGACAGCGUGGAUCCCCAGGAUAGAGAGCAUCUACGGCUGGAGCUCCAAACCGUGAGGCGAUCACUGGCACAGCAAGCUUUUCCCGGUUUCGUAGAUAUUGGGUGCGGUAACGGUCUGCUGGUGUACAUCCUUAACAAGGAGGGAUGGAAGGGCUGGGGCUUCGACGCACGCCGACGCAAAACAUGGGACACGUUUGGCGAGUCGUACCAGCAGCACGUCAAAGAGAUGCUGCUCGUCCCGGAAGUCCUGCAGAAGCUGGUUAUCGAUGAAUCAAUAGCCAAUGGCUCACCGCCGUGGCAGAACGGCCUCUUCCCACGAGGGACCUUCAUCGUUUCGAACCACGCCGACGAACUCACAGCAUGGACACCCGUUCUGGCUUAUCUUUCAGACAGCCCGUUCAUGGCCAUACCUUGCUGCAGCCACGAUUUCGGCGGCACAAGGUUCCGCGCUCCGUAUCAUCGCAAACACUUCCCUUCACCUACCACAAAUACGGCAAAGCAAGUGUCUGCAUACACUUCGCUGUGCAGCUACGUCGCGCAUCUGUCUGCGCAGAUGUCUUGGGUUCCAGAAAAAGAGCAUUUGAGAAUACCUUCGACCCGCAACAUUGCCAUUAUAGGGCGGAAAAGGAAUGAGAUUGCGGGAAAAGGCACCUUGGAGGAAAGACUGAGGUUUGUGAGCGAGGUUGUGGAGAAAGAAAUGGGAGGCGAGACGUCGAUUGAGCAGGUACGGCUACAGUGGCUGAAGAGGGGAAGUGGCUUGACGAAACCCGGAUCAGGGGCCCAUUGAUCGCGAGAAGGUCAUCGAUGGUACCCCAGUAAAUCAACUCGGAUAGAAGGCCAUCAAUCAGGAAUUCUUUGGUCUUGUCUCAAGUUGUGGUGCCGUUUUCUCCGAGGUUCCCCAACGGCAUGAUUUCGGCGAUAGCUUAGCGUGGGGUCGACCCCGCUGUGCCCGCGUUAUCUCCUCACGCCACGGGCACCCGCGGGUGCGUUUAGGUCAUGUCACACAUUCUUCCUGCCGCGAUGGAUUCCUCUUCGUUCCUUCCUCUGAAACACUCGUGCGCAGCAUGGCAGCGCCAACUUGCAGCUUCCAGGCUGCACUACAGAUGGCACGGAGGACGGCAUGCGCGGCACCUAGAGCACUGAAUGCAUCUGGAGCUCUCGCGGCAGCAAACAAUCCACACCGACAGUGGCAAAGGA